AUGUGGAAAUAUUUACUUUUCUCCGCGAUCAUUCUACUUCCUUUUCAGAUAUAUUGUGUGGAAGGGGAACGCGUUGUAAAGUUUCUCUCCAGCAACUACACCUUUAAUGAUAAACAUUUUAAGAAUUAUUCAAUUACAAUAGUCGAAAACCUAAUGAACAUGGAUAUGUACCUCAACCGUCCCAUCCAGCGGGGAUUCAAAUGCAAGAUAGACAUUCAGCUGCGUCUGGCGAACGCCAAGCACUUCCAAUCAGUGUUUAGUCAGAAAAGUGACGUGUGUGCUUUGACGUCCAGUGUGAAGAACAGUAUGCUCAAGUCUUGGUUCAAAGAUAUGACCAAGAACAGCAACUUUAUGUACAAUUGUCCGGUGGAAGUUGGGCACUAUUACUUGCACAACUGGAAAAUGGGAAACUCGUUGAUACACAAGUUCCUCAUACCAGGAUCAUACCGCGGAGACCUCCACUUCUUUUAUGGAAAAUAUGGGACUAAGUCCCAUGAAGAAACUUUAUCUGUCACUAUUGAUGCUCUUCUCUCCAACUAA